AUGGCGCGCGACGACGAGGAGGAGAAGGACGACGACGACGACGCGACGACGACGACGACCGUUAUUUUCCGUGACUUGACCGCGGAAAACAAGGAAGACUUGCGACGUCUCAACCAAAUCAUCUUCCCGGUGCGAUACACGGACAAGUUUUACGAGGACUGCGCGCGAGCGGGCGCGGCGACGCAGUUGGCGUACGAUAAAACGGGUAGGGAGCUGCUGGGUGCGAUAGCGUGCAGGUUAGAGAUGGAUCCGACGAAGAAUGGUGCGAGACUAUACAUCAUGACGCUCGGCGUGUAUGCGCCGCACCGAGACGGACGCAUCGGAAGCCGACUCUUACAACACGCCCUGAACGCGGCGUCGGAGGACGCAUUCAUCCACGACGUCUACCUGCACGUGCAGACGAACAAUAUCCAGGCGAUAGAGUUCUACGAGCGAUUUGGAUUUGAACAAGGGGAAGUUUUGAGAAAUUAUUACAAGCGCAUCGAUCCGCCGGACGCCGUCGUCCUGAGGAGAGACCUCGGCGCGAGUUGGACGCGUGCGGAUCCGCCCGGGGUGACGUUCGAGCGAAACUUCGCGGCUUAG